GUCGUGACGAAAACUUCUCUUGGGAGUCUGCUCUUACUGGGAGGGAGAAAAGGGAGCACUGAAUUAAUAACAAAAGAGAGAACAUUUACUGAAGAUGUUACUGCUGAAACUGGUGGUGGUGGUGGUGGUGGUAGUGGCAGUGGUGGUGAAGGGUGACAGCACAGACACCAAGACCUUUCUGACGGAGGAGCGGGAGGAGCCAGCUAAACAUCGUGGCGAUGUGCUGGACCUGGAGGACCAGUUCAGGCUGAAGCGCUCCCCUGUCUUCGUUGUCCUUCGCUCCCUGUUCAGCAAGAAGAGGCCUCCUCCAAAGGCUCCCAGGCCAUCCUAUGGCCCUCCCCGAAAAGCUCCUAAGCCAUCCUACGGGCCACCACCCAAGGCUCCUUCAAAGGCCCCCAGCUCAUCCUACGGUCCUCCCCCCAAGGCCCCCAGCCCAUCCUAUGGUCCUCCUCCCAAGGCUGCCAGCCCAUCCUAUGGACCCCCUCCCAAGGCCCCCAGCCCAUCCUACGGACCCCCUCCCAAGGCUCCCAGCCCAUCCUACGGACCUCCUCCCAAGGCCCCCAGCCCAUCCUAUGGCCCCCCUCCCAAGGCUCCCAGCCCAUCCUAUGGACCUCCUCCCAAGGCUCCCAGCCCAUCCUACGGACCCCCUCCCAAGGCCCCCAGCCCAUCCUAUGGACCCCCUCCGAAGGCCCCCAGCCCAUCCUAUGGACCCCCUCCCAAGGCUCCCAGCCCAUCCUAUGGUCCUCCUCCCAAGGCCCCCAGCCCAUCCUACGGACCCCCUCCCAAGGCUCCCAGCCCAUCCUAUGGACCCCCUCCCAAGGCCCCCAGCCCAUCCUACGGACCCCCUCCGAAGGCCCCCAGCCCAUCCUAUGGACCCCCUCCCAAGGCUCCCAGCCCAUCCUACGGACCCCCUCCCAAGGCUCCCAGCCCAUCCUACGGACCCCCUCCCAAGGCCCCCAGCCCAUCCUACGGACCCCCUCCCAAGGCCCCCAGCCCAUCCUACGGACCCCCUCCGAAGGCCCCCAGCCCAUCCUAUGGACCCCCUCCCAAGGCCCCCAGCCCAUCCUACGGACCCCCUCCCAAGGCUCCCAGCCCAUCCUACGGACCCCCUCCCAAGGCCCCCAGCCCAUCCUAUGGACCCCCUCCCAAGGCUCCCAGCCCAUCCUACGGACCCCCUCCCAAGGCCCCCAGCCCAUCCUAUGGACCCCCUCCUAAGGCUCCCAGCCCAUCCUAUGGCCCUCCUCCCAAGGCUCCCAGCCCAUCCUACGGACCUCCUCCCAAGGCCCCCAGCCCAUCCUAUGGACCCCCUCCCAAGGCCCCCAGCCCAUCCUAUGGUCCUCCUCCCAAGGCCCCCAGCCCAUCCUAUGGCCCUCCUCCCAAGGCUCCCAGCCCAUCCUACGGACCCCCUCCCAAGGCUCCCAGCCCAUCCUACGGACCACCUCCCAAGGCCCCCAGCCCAUCCUACGGACCCCCUCCGAAGGCCCCCAGCCCAUCCUAUGGCCCUCCUCCCAAGGCUCCCAGCCCAUCCUACGGACCUCCUCCCAAGGCCCCCAGCCCAUCCUAUGGACCCCCUCCCAAGGCUCCCAGCCCAUCCUACGGACCUCCUCCCAAGGCCCCCAGCCCAUCCUAUGGACCCCCUCCCAAGGCCCCCAGCCCAUCCUAUGGUCCUCCUCCCAAGGCUCCCAGCCCAUCCUAUGGCCCUCCUCCCAAGGCUCCCAGCCCAUCCUACGGACCCCCUCCCAAGGCUCCCAGCCCAUCCUACGGACCCCCUCCCAAGGCUCCCAGCAGUUCAUAUGGCGCUCCUUAACAUCCUACUCGUCAUGAAAUCCUCCAUGUGAGGGAUGGGGAGAUGAGGAUGACGAGGAGGAAGAAGACGGAGAAGAAGAGGAAGGAGGACGAGGAGAAAAGGAAUGAGAGGAUAGGGAGAAAAAGGAAUAAGACUAUAAGAACAAGGAAGGAGAAGGAAGACGAGAAGGAGGAUAAAAUAAAUAAGAGAAUAUGAAAAAGAGAAGGGAUGAUGAGUGAAGAAAAAAAAGAGAAAAGAAGUUGAGAAGAAAGAAAGGAAAAGAACAUUAGAACGAUGAUGGAGAAGAAGAGGAGGAUAACAGAAGCAAGAGAAUAUGAGGAAGUGGAGAAGGGAAGAAUGGUGAGAGAAAAGAAAAAGAAGUAAGAGCUUUCCUCCUCCUCCUUAUGUGACAAUUUUGACUCAUUUUAAAUUCACACUUUCUGAGCAGUUUGCAAAAAGUUUCCACGCCGCGCACGUAGAGCAUGCAAUCUUCCCUUUCUCCUCCUCCUCCUCCUCCUCCUCCUCCUGCUCCUCCUCCUGUUCCUCCUCCUCUUUCUUAUUACACAUUCACCAUCUUUUCCUUACUUUCAUCACCUAACUAAUCUAUGUCUUUUCUUCCUCCUCCUCCUCCUCCUCCUCCUCCUCCUCCUUCUCCUUAUUACACAAUCAGUUUUUUUUUUCAUCUUUUCCUUACUUUCAUCGUUAAUUAAUCUACGUCUUUUCUUCUUCCUAUUCUUCUUCUUUUCUUCUUAUCCUCCUCCUCCUCCUCCUUCUACAGUAUUUUUUUCCUUCUUUUUUUAAUUUAUUUUCUUUUUUUCUUUUUUUUUUUCAACUUGGGACUUAUGAUAAAUCUCUCUCUCUCUCUCUCUCUCUCUCUCUGUCUGACGUGUUGGUGUUAUAAUUGUCUAGUCUGUCACUGAAGCGGUAGUUGUGUGUGUGGUGUGAACAUUAGUUAGUUCUUAUCGUUGUUGUUGUUUUGAGUUGGUUAAUGUUGCCUUUUUUUUUCUUUUUCUUUGUUUUGUUUCUAUUUUUUGUUUGUUUUUGUCAGUUUUUUGUUUUUUUCGUUUUCUUUUUGUGUAUUUCUCUAUUUGUUUGCUUCAUUUCUUUUUAUUUUUUCUGUAUUUGUUGUCUUUUUGUAUAUUUUUUUUCUAUAUUAUUGUCUUUAUUUUUUUUUGUUCUCUUGUGAUUUUUUUAAAUUAUUGCUAUUUUUCACUAGCUAACAUUUUCUAUUGCUUUUUUUUUUCUUAUGGUGAUUUUGUUUUACAUUGUUUUGUAAUAAAAUUAACUAACUU